GGUCCUUCAAAGAGACGCCCGCGACUCGGCCACGCGUAGCGGAGCGGCGCCUCAGGUUUUUGUUUUUGUUGUAAAAUAGUUUUUUAAAAAUUCUAUAACAGUAUUAAAAUUACAUUUCGUACAAAGUUACUAGCAAUUCUCAUCGUCACGACGUUUUUUUUUAUUUUAUUUUUGAAAAAAAAUCUACAAAAUUAAGACAUCCGGCGUAGCUGAAACCUUCAACUUUUUAGUUGUUUUAAAGACGUCAAUAUUAGCGCGAGUCGAACGUCGUUCGUGUCGCCCUCACACGCUCAAGACGACCGCCGCCGGUGGGUUACAGCUCCCGGAGGCUCCCCCCGGGGUUUGUUGAGGAAAAGAAAAAGUGUGUGAGAAAACAGCGCUCGCUUCCAUGGGCAAGGCGGUGCACGCUGGACGGACGAGAUGAUGGCGUGAGAAGGGGUUGGGAGGAGGAACGAGGCGAGGGAUAUAUACCAAAGCACAACUGGAGUUCACUUUUUUACCCGGUGGCCACUGGAGGGUGGGGGGGGCGUGGGUGCGACACAGGAAGCAGCCAUGCUUCGUUGGACAACGCACCUGGAGGGCGGCCCCCGCAGGGUCAACCACGCCGCCGUCGCCGUUGGGCACAAGGUUUACUCGUUUGGCGGAUACUGCUCCGGUGAAGAUUACGAGACUCUGCGGCAGAUCGACGUGCACAUCUUUAACCUGGUGUCGAUGCGGUGGAGCAAGCUGCCACCGGUGAUCGGCCCUAAGCAGAUGCCGUACAUGCGCUACGGCCACACGGCCGUGCUCGUGGAGGACGCCAUCUACGUCUGGGGCGGACGCAACGACACAGAUGGCGCCUGCAACGUGCUCUACUCCUUCGACAUUUACACCCACCGGUGGCUGCGCCCACACGUGUCCGGCCCGGUGCCCGGCGCCAGGGACGGUCACUCCGCGGCGGCUCUGCGCAAGUGCAUGUACAUCUUCGGCGGGUACGAGCAGCUGGCCGAUUGUUUUUCCAACGACGUUCACAAAAUGGACACCACGACGAUGACCUGGACACUAAUCCACGCACUGGGCGGCCUCCCGCGCUGGCGGGACUUUCACUCGGCCACCUUCAUCGGCCAGAAGAUGUACGUGUUUGGCGGGCGGGCCGACAUGCUGGGCCCGUCGCACUCCAAUCGCGAGAUCUACUGCAACCGCAUCAAGGUGUUCGACACGGAGAAGCGCUACUGGUUCGACCCGCCCGUCAACGGCACGCCGCCCGACGGACGCAGGAGCCACUCGGCGUUUGCCUACAAGGGAGAGCUGUACAUCUUUGGAGGCUACAACGCCCUGGUGGACAGGCACUUCGAUGACCUGUGGAAAUUCAGUCCAGAAACGAUGACCUGGCAGCGGAUGGAGGUGCGUGAGAAGGGCCCCUGCCCGCGCAGACGCCAGUGCUGCUGCCUGAUCGGAGACCAGGCCAUUCUGUUUGGCGGAACAAGUCCCUGUCCAGAGCAAGGCAUGGGGGAUGAGUUCAACUUGAUGGAUCACUCGGACCUCUACAUCCUCGACUUUGCACCAAGUUUGAAAACCCUUUGCACACUGGCGGUCGUGCAGUAUAAGUUGGAUCUGUCCAACCUCCCUCAUGACAUCCGUAUUUGCCGCGAGAUGCAUGGCGCCUGAUCUGGAGAGGCGGCGGCGGCGGCAGCAGUGGCUUGGGUAGGCCCUCAUCCAGCAGUUGAUUGACCAUGGUUGUGUAUGUAUGUUGACAUUCUUGCACACGGUACGUCGCCAAUCGUGCUAAUCGAAGGUGCGAGGAAGUUGGAGGUGCGUGGGAAUCCGAGGUGCGGGGGUGAUGAUGAUGAUGAUGUGUCACAUGGUGGUGGAGCGGUGGCACAGUGAGGGUUAAAACUUUGCUAUGAACCAGCUGAGCCGAGUUCGAUUCCCUGCCACGGUUUGCAUCGGUGGCGAGUGAUAUCUGAAUCGGUCACGGGCUGCUCCCAUCUUCGCUAACCCCGCUAUCAUUCUUUGCUUUCUUAUCCAAGUGUGGUACGUGACGACAUACCCUCCGUGUCAAUUUAAAACAUGUUUCUCAUUUACGAAGUGUUGGCAAAUCUGCAACAUCCAGCCCAAGGUACCCGUGUGUAUAAGAUAAGAACUGCGUAGCAGAAGAUCUACUUAUUUUUAAACUGAAACUAUAAACACAUUUUUUUUUUGUAUUUGACCAGGUAAAGCCCGCUGAGUUUGUAGCUCUUUUUUCAGAAGCGAUCUGGGUAUCACAAAUUAUAGCUCAACGAAGUGGCUUAUGUGGGGAUUUAUAGCAGCCAAAUACUCUUAAACCCAUGUCGAUUCUAAAUGUGGAGGGAAAGCCGGCGGAUCCGGAGAAAAAACCAGACUACCACGGGGAGAAAAACAUGCAAACUCCAAAUAUACAGGCGUCAUGGGUCUGGAUCGAACCCACGAUCUCCUUUAUAUCAGGCGAGGUAGUUAACAACCCGCCACCACAGCGACCCUCUUAACCAAGUGGCACAUGACGACGCACCCUCAGUAACUUUAAAACCUCUUUCUCAUUUACAUAGUGUUGGGCAAUCUGCGACAUACAGCCAAGGUAACCCUGUCUAUAAGAUAAGAACUGUGAAGGAGAUAAGAUCUACUUGUUUAAAAAAACUAUAAACUAAACUAUUUUUUUGACCAGGUAAGGCCCACUGAGCAAUAAAGAUAUUUUUCAGAAGCUAAUGGCCACAAAAUAAUAGCACAACGAAGUGGCUUAUCACGUGGAAAUGUAUAGCAGCUAAAUCGUAUAAACCCAUGUUUCUAAAUGUGGAGGGAAAAACCUAAAACCCAAGAAGAACCCACGCUACCACAGAGAGAGAGAGACAUGCAAACUCAAAAUAUACAGGCGUCAAGGGUCGGGAUCGAAGCUGCGACCUCCUGUAUACCAGGCGAGGCAGCUAACAUUUCGCCACCGUGUCGCCCGUCUUUAACGCGCAUCGGUCAUUUGAGUGGAGCACAAGCAAAGCCACUUAACAAUCGCUCGGGUGCCCAAAUCGUGUUCCUGGAACCCCGGAGCGAACUCGCCGCCACGCCAACUUGGCACCCUCGCCGCCCCGAAGGACAGAACACAGCCCCCCCAAAUUGCCUUGGCCACGUGCGCCAAGGGGGCUUGGGUUUCCAGUGCAGAUAUUGCAGGCACGCGCCGCCGGCGGCGGGCACAGCAGCAGCAGCAGCGGUGCCUUUUAGUGCCGCUUCCGAGCAUUGUUAAGCAUUUAUGGCUCGGUUGAAGGUAACAGGAUAGCCCCAUUUGAAGUGGUGAUGGUAAAAAAGAGGGUACACGCAGACACGCGCACAUACACCCCCCACAUAGCCUGACACAGAUUGUUGAGACAAGUGCUGUUAGCGAGUGCUUAUGAAGGCCGUCACGGCGCACGAGUGGGUGGUAUGGCCAGCACGACGCACGCCUGGCAGCCUUUGUCUCUCUAGCAUUGAUGCUUACAAAGCCCACUGGCUACUUAUUUAAGGCGUAAUUGACCUAGGCGAGAUCCAGUUCAGAGAUUGCGCCACUGAUGUCCGCUUUGGCUGGGAAUUAAACUUGGGCUGCCUGGUUCAUAGUGUAGUGGGCUAAUCGCUAUGCUACUGCUCAAGACAAAGAUCCCCCCGUAUAGCCUUUACCAGGCUGUUGGGGCGAGUGCUGUUUGUGAGUAACACCUUUGAAGGCCGACAUGGGACACAUGUAUGUUGAACUUCUUUCGCACCGUACGUAGCCAACCGUGCUAAUUGGAGGUGCGGGAGAAGGACAGCAAACUUAACACAAAAAGCAGUUCUAACGAAAUUUGUUUUCAACCUAGAUUUAAAAGUGCAUAGCUCCAGUGUCUUCCUAAUAUCGCAGAAGCGCAUCUGAACUACCCGCAAUAGGCGGUAGUGUGGCCCGCACCACGCUCGCCUGCCUGUGCCUCUCCCAGCGCUUCACUUUACUGAAUGAACCCAGGCGAGAUUCAAGACCGCUUCGGAAAAUCUGUGCGCCGUACCUGGUAAAAUAAAAUAGCUUAGUUUCGUUUUAAUCGCCACUGAUGUUAGCUGUGGCCAGGAAUCAAAACUUGAGCAGCCAGAUUUGCAGUGCAGUGCCCUAACCACUACGCUACCACCCCACAGCCCCUCCCCCCGCCUCUCGCACACAAGCAAAUACAUGGCGGCGCAUGGGCACGCACCGUGCACCAUUCCCCAGAAAGGCAGAGGAGAACCCUUCGAUGAAAUUGAUGAAUGGAGAAGCGGAAAAAAAGGUCUCGUGCGGUGUCGGCGUAGACAAACAACCGCCGCUAAUCCCCGAAGCAGCGAAGCAGCAGCGGCGCACACGCGUCUCUCAGUGUGGGAUGUGUCGGGGGUUAAAGGGGGCCACCGGCCCCUGCUAGGAUGACAGGACUCCACUGGAGCCGAGAAGGGGGGGGGGGGGUCCUUAUCAGCGGCCAGCAUACGGGCCAGAUGGUUCUCUCGUUAUCAGCCACCAACACCCGACCCCUCCCUCCCUCGCUCGCUUGCUCCCUGCCUUCCCCACACCCCUUCUCCUUCUUAUUCACUACUGCCUGCAAGAGCAGCUUAAGUAAACACGGAUUCCCGCAUGCUCUCGCUAGGUGCCCCGUGCUGUGUGGGUGGUUCUUUUUCGUUUUCCCCAGAACGGCUGCCCCUCCGUAUUGUACGCACGCACGCCUCCUACGGGGGACCCACCACUCGACACCGGCGGCGGUGUUGAUGAUGUAACCCGCGCGGUGUGCCGGCUUAAUUGGCGGAGGUGGUGGUGUAUUUUUUUUAAGAAUGACUUUCGGCAAACGUUGUGUGCGUGUGUGUGUCUGCUUGGGGGAGCGGUGUAGUGAAAUGGUUAGCGUGCCAGCGCUACGAACCUCUGACCCUGAGUUUGAUUCCUGGGCCACAGCUGAUAUGAGUUGGUGAGUGAUUUCGGAACCCCCAUUUCUGACACGGCACAGGGGGAGGCCCUUCAUCCAGCAGUGGAUUGACAAGCUGUGCCCCGGGGGGGGGGGGG